GGCUGUUUUGUCCCCAGUAGAUGCGAGUAGGUGUUAUCUUGAUGAGAUGAAAUAUGUUUAUUAAAUUACAAACAUUUGCGCUGUGAAUAAUCCAUUGCACAUGUGAGGCUUCACACAAAUGUUCGGUCACAAUAACCGAGCAUGAAAGCAUCCACAGCCAGAGAAGACAAACAGGACAGACACGAUCUGAAAAUCUGAGCAUUUCACCCGGACACCGACAACAACCAUUUAACAUCUGGAUCCAGGGUUCCGCGGUGCGUUUAUCGCGGAUUUUCAGUAAUCCCAUGUUUGGCCGUUACCGGAGUACAGUAGGCUUCCCGCCAGCUCAGAGCGUCUACAACCACUGGAGACACUGGUAUCAGCCUGGUCAUUUGUUGUGGACACAGCCACCACAGCUGCAGCACCCCUCAUCCUCCUUCAGAACUGUCAGACACCCAUUCAAUAGACCCCCGAGACCUCCGGAUCCGUACCAGUGGAGCUCCUGGAGGCAAACUGGAGUACUGCCCCACACUCGAGGUCUUCACCUUUCUGCAGGUCUGAUGGAGAGCACUGACAGACCGCCACCACAGAAGAGGAGGAAGAGCGCAGAAGGGGAUCAAUUUCAGCGCUCACCCCAACAUUCACCUCCGAAAGGCAGCAGGAGUCCAAAAGGAAGUCCUGAAUGGCUGCGCAAUGUAGCUAGCAUUGAAGUUCCUCCUGGGAAAUUUCCAAAUAGGACUGCAGCCAUACCCGAGUUGAAGAGACACUGGGAGGAUCUUUCUCAUCUCUGCAAAGCUGCACCGUCUGUGAAAAGAGGGAAGCAAAAAUGGCCGUUUGACUUUUCGGUGAUGUCCUAUAAUAUCCUCUCUCAAGAUCUGCUCUGUGAUAACACAUACCUUUACAGACACUGUAAUCCUCCAGUUCUGGACUGGCGCAAUCGGUUUCCUAAUAUAAUCAAAGAGCUGGAACAGCACAGUGCUGAUAUAAUGUGCCUGCAGGAGGUGCAAGAGGACCACUAUAAACAACAAAUCAAACCCUCACUAGAAUCUUUAGGCUACCACUGUGAAUUCAAGCGGAGAACGGGCCUCAAGCCUGACGGAUGUGCAGUGAUCUUCAAACGCGAACGCUUCUCUUUGGUGUCCUGUCACCCUGUGGAGUAUUUCCGCCGUGGCGUCCCCCUCCUGGACCGAGAUAACGUGGGCCUGAUUGUGCUGCUGCGGCCCAUUGACCCUCAUGUCUCUCUCUCCAACGUCUGUGUGGCUAACACACAUUUACUCUACAACCCUAGACGUGGGGACAUUAAACUGGCCCAGCUGGCUAUGCUGCUGGCAGAGAUAAGCCGCGUGUCCCAGUUACCUGACAGCAGCGUUUGUCCUGUGCUGCUCUGUGGGGAUUUUAACUCUGUUCCCUGGUCUCCCCUCUAUCGCUUUAUUAAGGACAGAAGGCUGGACUACGAUGGCAUGCCCAUUGGGAAGGUGUCAGGACAGGAGGAGACCCCAAGAGGGCAGCGUAUUUUGACUGUGCCAAUUUGGCCUAGAAGUCUGGGAAUCUCUCAGCAGUGCCAGUAUGAAAACCAAACUAGAGAUUCUGAGUUGAGAGAUUUGGAGCAGACUGAAAGGGACAGUUUUACCGAAGCCAGCAUAGAGCACUGUUUGAGGCUGACGUCUGCGUACUCGCAUCAUCUGAAAGAGAGCGGUCAGCCUGAGAUCACAACAUGCCACUCGCGGACAGCCAUCACUGUCGAUUACAUCUUCUACUCUGCGGCUCUUGGAGACGUGAUGGCACAAGCAGAAUGCAGUGCUCCGCCAGAGAGGGGUCUGCAGCUGCUGGGCAGGUUAGCUCUAGUGGGAGAAGAGGAACUCCAGAAGGUUAAUGGCCUUCCCAACCAGCACAACUCCUCUGACCACCUGCCACUUCUGACACGUUUUCGUCUGCACCCUCAAGCCGACAGCUGACAGAACAAAAGUGCUUGUGAAUAUCAUAUGUGCAGCCUUUAAAUAUGUUUUGGGGCAGAAGAAGAAAUAAGCAAAGAAAUAAUUUACAGAUCCUUUAAGCUGCCAGUGACCUUGAAACAGAAGUCGAGGAGUGUUAUUAUGAACACUGAUGACUGUUUUAACUGGUGCAUUAAGUGAUGGUGACAUACUCACUGGAACAAACAAAUUAGGGAUGUUUUAUUUUGGAAUAUGGCAGCUUUGACACCAAGCAAGUCAUUUCAUAAAGAUAUUAAUAUUUUUUUUACCUUCAAGGUUUUACAAAAAAAUCUCAGACUUGCGUCAUUUUAAAAUGAUCAUAAAGACAAGGACAAAUAAUGAAUCAUUUUAUCUUCAAGAUGGCAUUUGUGUAGUUUUAUUUUCAUGAAAAAAAGGCCAUUAAAUACAUUUUAUUUCAAAUUAAAAUAUGUUUAGUUAAAAUAUAGUUAAAAUAUGUUUGGGUUCCAUUGUUCUAAGUUAACACAAAUACCUUUCCCAAUUACACGAUUUGAUUAAUUAUAUUUGUAAAAAUGUUUUCUCCACCUUUUUUCCUGGUUUUGGAUUAAAAACGAAAAAUCUGAUCAACAUGACCAAACUAAGUGAAUGAAAUCUGUCAGAAGUCUUACCCUGAUCCCAGUUUUUGGCAUUUGUGAUAAAUCACAUGCAAUAUAUUUAACUUAUCAUAUUAUAAUAAAAGGUAGCACGGUGGCACAAUUACCUCAGCACAAUUAUUAGAAGGUUGCUGGUUCGAGCCUCGGCUGGGUCAGUUGGCGUUUCUGUGUGGAGUUUGCAUGUUCUCCCCAUGUUGGCAUGGGUUUCCUCUGGGUGCUCUGGUUCCCCCCCGCAAGUCCAAAGACAAGCUAUAGGUGAAUUGGGUGAGCCAAAUUGUCCAUAGUGUGUGUGGAUGUUUCCCAGUGAUGGGUUGCAGCUGGAAGGGCAUCCGCUGUGUAAAACAUAUGCUGGAUAAGUUAGCGGUUCAUUCCGCUGUGGCGACCCCAGAUUAAUAAAUGGACUAAGCCGAAAAGAACUGAAUGAAUAUUAUAAUAAAUAAUUAAGCAAACAAACACACAACAACAUCCAGCCUGAUCUCACAAAGAAAUGUAGCUGUUUUAUGUUUUGUCAGUUCAGUGGCUAAUUCGUAUGAAUUUGAAUGAGUUCAGUCGUACAAAAAUGUACGAUUUUAAAAAGGAGGCGUGAAACCCAACCCCACCCCUAAACCCAACAUUGGGGGAUGAGCAAAUCGUAUUAAAUAGUAAGAAUGAGAUUGUACAAGGCAUGGGACGAUAACCAUUUUCAAGGUUUACUUCGGUUUGUAAAAGUCAAGGUUUUAAAACCGCCAAAAUCUUCUGUAAUAGCGUUCCUAAGGUAUGUGUAACUGUGAUUUGUUUCGUUAUUUAGAACAACAGUAUCUUCAGCAGAAAAUAUAUCGAAAGAUGCUGUUUUAAAUUGUUAAGAAAUCUGUGUUUUUCAAACAAAGGAAGACAGCAGAAGUCAAUGAUUUUUUUUAAUGAUUUAGCCUGACAUGUUUACUGCUCCAAAAUAUUUUAAAUCUUUUAAAAAAUAAAAUCUAUUGUUUUCAAAGGGGAAAAAAUUGUUGUUUUUUACCCAGACAUUUAAAAAAACAUAUUUUAGAGCAGUAAUCACAAUACCGUGAUAUUUUUAUCCAAGGUUAUCAUACUGUCAGAAUCUUAUAUCGGCCCAUGCCUAGAUUGUACCAAUUCAUACGAAUUAGCCACUAAAUCAAAAAGUUAUGAAUUGCUGUGAGAUAGCGUUGCAACAUAAGAUGGCAGCCAUACAUCAAUAUCAUAUAAUGUGAGCUGAGACUGCCAGAAUAAAAAAUCUUUAGUUUGCUUAUGCCGAGUUCAGACUACACGAUUUUUAAAGUAGUCGUGUCACAGAUGUUUUCACACUACAUGACUAUCUGGGCUAGCGUUUUGUCGCUGCUUUGUUUACACAGCAAGAUGGAUCAGCGACAGGGGGUUUCACACGGCAUGACUUCAAAAUAGGAAGAAUCGAUGACAACUUUGUCCAAACUCACCUAUGUCUCACUAGGCAUGGGCUGGUAUAAGAUUCUGAUGGUAUGAUAACCUUGGAUAAAAAUAUCACGGUAUUGUGAUUACUGCUCCAAAAUAAUUUCUUUUUAGGUUGCUUUCACAUUGUUUUGGCGUGGAUCCGAAUGCGAUUGCUGGAUUCACACUGGAUUCCUAACUGGGGAAACGUGCCAGGUCCUGAAACAAGAGUCUAGGUGUAAAAGCACUCUUAAAUGUCCGGGUAAAAAAAAACAACUUUCCCCCCCAUUGAACACUAUAUAAUUUAUUUUAAGAAACAUUUACAAUAUUUUAAAGCAGUAGCUUUUGAUGUCAAGGUUCCUUUUCUGCUUGAUGUACUGUUGCCCUAAAAAACAAAAUAAAAUAGUUGUGAAAAUAAUUAAUAUUAAUAAAAAAAAAUAUUUAUGCCUAAGGAACAGUAUUACAGAAAACUUUGGCGGUUUUAAAACCUUGACUUUGAUACCGUGCUAUACCUUGAAACCGGUUAUCAUCCCAUCCCUCUGUCUCACAACCAAAAACACGUAGUAUAUCUUUUGUUAUUAACUACAUUAUGAGAAAGAAGCCUUUAAUGGGGUAGAAGAUGUACAUAUUUGCUGACCUGGGUUUGAAGGGAAAUACUAAUUUCUCCUCACCUUUUUUCUUUUUUAGCCCGGUUGUGGUAUUGAUCAGAUGACACGUCAAACAGACACAGUGCUUCUGCCAAAUUUACACUAGUUUUUCCUCAAUUUCUUGGGUCUAAAUAAACUGAAAAUGAGGUGAUCACCGAUGUUAUUUUCAGUCAAAACUCAUUUCACACGGGAUGAUUUGAAUCACAGACAGCUCCAGAUAUUUAGCAUGCCAAAUAUCUCACGGGCAUCGGCGACUCAUCAGCGAUUCUCUCAGAUCGUGUUUUUGAUUGUUCACACUGUGUGAUUGUUACUCAAUUUCAGGCAUUUGUCAAAAUUGGGACUAAAAUCAUGCAGUCUGAACUCGGCAUUAGUUAAUUAGUUUUAACAGCAAUAAUGAAUGCAUUUGAGGAUUCAUUUGGAGGAAAAAAACUUAGUCAAAUCAAAUGACUUGAGACGAUAAGACACCUGGAAAAACUAUUUCUCACUUAUGAUUUGAACAUGUAUAGUACUCAAUUUAAUUUUUCGUUUGAAAAGAGGCCUGGGAGCACAAUCUCAUUUUAAUUUAAAGCGACAGUCACCAAAAUUGUACAAUUAGGAUCAAAGCCUAAAAGGUGCAGUUUUAAAGAGUUAUAAAACAUUAUUUGUAGGGUAUUUUGAGCUGAAACUUUACAUACACACCCUAGGGACAUCAAAGACUUAUUUUACAUCUUGUAAAAAAGGGACACAAUAGGUCUGCUUUAAUGACCAAAGAGAGUCAGAACUUUAACAUCUCAUCCAAAAAAGGUUCUCACUCCAUGAUACUGAGGCACUAGCACUCACACAAACUGCAGGUUUAGCGCCCCUGACUGGCCUCACUAACACCGCUUCCAACAGCAAGCCAGUGGUCUCCCAUCCAGGGGUGCGUUUCCGAAAACUAUCGUUAGCCAACUGAGGUCGCAAGUUCCGUCGUUACAACAUAGUUUGUUGAUUUGACGUUUCCCAAAUCCAGCGUUCCAACGAACAUUCGCAAACCUCUGGAGCUGUAGUAGAAACAUAGAUCCUGUCUGUGUUCUAUUCCCAGUUAUCCCCCCUAUGCCCUGUUAGUUUAUAACAUUCUAACAUUUAAACUUGGAAUUAUUUAAAAAAAGCAUUAAAGUCAUCUAUCAUGGGUGUAAUUUGUUUUCAAAGUAUUUUUACAGUUCGGUUUUAGCGAUCUUCAUGCUAACAAUUGCGCUCCCUUCGCAGUGCACUUUGAAAACAUUGAUGUCAUUUUGUACACAGCCGAGCGGAAUUUGUCACGUCUCCAAAGCUAGUAAAUUUUUUGCAGUCAUUGCUCCAAAGCUUGUGCAUUUCAUUUCUUAAUAAAUAGUCUUAUUAUUUAUUUAUUUAUUAUGAUUUAUAUAUGAGAUUAGAAUAAGUGUUAGCUUUUGUAAGUUAUUUUGUUUUAGAAUAGACUGUGUAAUGUUCUCAAUAAUAUUUGCAGAGGAAACACUGACCCAAUACUGUA